GCCACCUGUUUCUGCGAAGUCGAGGAUCAUGCCUACCAGGAUUUCGCAACCGAAAAUGAGCUGCGCUCUCAUUUACAGACCACUCAUCCAGGCAUGUUUGAUUUGGAGCAGCAAGAUAGAGCGCUGAAACGAAACUUUGUCUACCUCUCUCGAGCUCCCGGCGUUUGCCCUCUUUGCAAGACUGACAUCGCUUCCCUGGCAGACGCUCCGCCGCCAGACUCAACGCCGCCUCUUUCUCAAUCGACCACCACGCCGCCACCUUCGCCUCCCAAGAAACUCGUCAAACGGCCCAGGUUUGCAGGACCAGCAGGACCAGCAGAUCCAAAAAACUCGGACGAGGAUGAGCACCAUUUAAGCUCGCGCAGGGGCGCAUCUGACGACGACGAACUGGCGGCCAAUACUCCCCAGUGGCGAACCAACCAAAUACGACUCGGGACACACGUAACCAGCCAUUUGGAGUCCCUUGCUUUUAGGUCUCUCCGUUACUUUGACGAUGUCAAUGAUGAUGAGAGCGGGGAAGGGAGCAAACGGGCCGCGUCAGGUGUCGUGGAGGAGAUGCUGUCGAGCGCCCAGGGACUCGAGCGCCCAGGGACAGGGAGACCACCACUUCGAACUCGACGAAUUGAGUCCAAAUUCAAACGAGAACUUCCCCGAACAAGAUAGGCGGGAGACUCCCAUGGACGAAGAUACCCCGGAGCUACCGGUCGAGGCACAGGUUAACUUCGGCAUAAUGAAGAAGUCGACGAUUGACGAACAUAAUACCAAGGAAGAAAUAGCCCCCGUCACUGCCACCUCUCAUUCUCCGUCGGAUCGAUUGGUGGGGUUGACAGACUUGCUCUAUACCGACGACAACUGCAAAACCACGAGCAUAGGUGACUUCACUGUUGGUGGAGUGCAACAGUACUGGCCUGAAACCCUCAUUCACAGGCUGAUCCAGGAACCCCUUGUUCGAUUCGAGCUGCGUAAGGCCCGGAAGCCAGAUUCCGAUUCCAGGUGGUUACUGGAGGCAUCGAGAUUCUUCAUGGAACACGGGUUCAAGGACAGUUGGCUAUCUGCGGAGGUCAACCCGCCAAAAUUCCUCACCCCAGAAAGUCUGAAGCAGCUUGACCCAGAACUCUGGAGUCCGCGGAAAGAAUUAACGUUUUUGUGAGACUCAGUGGAAAAUCAUUGUACCCGUACUAUCGACUGAACGGGCGAACUACGACUUUGAUUACAGGGC